AUGACUAUCGAUUAUUCAAAUAGAAAAGCAAGUUCAAUCAAAUUUUCAAGAGUUGGUUCAGAGGUAAAUUUAUUUUGAAAUUUAAUUUGUGAUUCUGUUCCUUUUUAGGAAUCCUUGCGAAAAUUAGAAUGUGGUUGGCUUCCUUGUUGUAUGUCACCAGAAGAUGCCGAAUCUUUUGGUCAUCAUGUUAGUAUUUUUAUGGUUGCUUUAGUUGCAUUUGCCACAUUUUUCUGUGUUACUUUCAUAUUAAUUCUAGUGUUUGUUUUAGGUUAG